AUGGAUCGGCGGGGAAGCUUACGGUUUUCCCUAUCCCUAGCACUGAGGAACCCUUUCCAAAGAGAGCUCCCUUCACUCUCUUUGCUUCUAGGGUGGCGGAAAACCUGGCCUUCCCUCCCUUGGGAAAGGGAAGCCCCCGGACGGUGUAAGGCCUGCCGUGGGAGCCCCAGAAUUGGGCAAGGUGGUCCCAGUUCUGUGCAGAGCUGGAGCCUCCCAGACCUUUUUUUCAAGGCUGGCCCCAGACGCCAAAGAGGCUCUGCAGCCCGCCACGUGCGCAGGUGCCGCCCCUUGAUCUCUCGGCGGAAACUUUUGACUCCAGACACGGAGGGAGAUGCCCUAGGUCAGAGGCCGCCAAAGGUGCCUCCGGCUGGAGGGAAAGAGAGGAGCUGGGGGAAAGGAAAGGGGCUGGCUCCUGGCGGGAGCCCGGGUGUACUACCCCCUCCCCCAGCCCAGCUCCCGCCUUUCAUCUCCCCCCGCCCAGUCCCCAGAUGGCUUAAUCAGCCGCGGCUGUGUCGGGCGCAGCUGGAAUGUAACCUGCAAGCCCGCACAUCUGGCUUUGGUCUCCUGUCUCGCCCCAAAGCUGCGGGGAGCGGGAGUCAGGAGCUGCAUGGUCAUCGGCCUCCCCAGGGUUCGCGGCCUCCCCUUUCUCUUCUCAACAUCAGCUCGGGGACGGUGGAGCAACUAAGAAGGCUCUCUUCCAAGCACUCGCUCCCAAUUCCUGUGAUUGGAGUCAAGCGCCUGGAGAAGGCAUUGAAGAAGCGUUCCCUUGUUUCCUGCCUCAGUUUCCCUGUUUCACGGAUUGGCCUAAUGUGAAUCUAAAAGUGGGUGGGAAGCAGCGAAAGGAAGGGACCCUAAAUUCCGUGGUCCUGGGCUCAGGCAUGAUCCCGGACCCGGGAGUUUCCCUAAUUCCAGUAGAGGGUGCUGUGUCCGCCCCAAUUUGCUGGUGGUCACCGCUGGAUGGUGCUGGCAGUGGGCUUCACGGAAACCUCGAUUUGAGUCGUGGCUCUGCCUUUGAUUCACCGUUUGACCGCUGGAAAGCCGCUUUCUUUCUCUGGAACUCAGUUUACCUAUCUGUAAAAUGAAGGAGUUGGACUACGUGAUCUCCAAGGUCUCUUCCAGCUUUAUGAUUGCAUAGGCAGGGUAUUAUCCCCCAAACUCUGCCUGCGGUUCCUAACCCCGAAGCGCUCCUAAACCCUCGGAUUUCUUGGUCUCCUUAUUCUACGCCCCCCGCCUCCCGCUCUCGCCUCCUAUGGGACCCCUGGCCGCCUCCAUCUUCCGGCUCUUUCACAAGACACGGCUGCAGGGCAAGGUGCCCACGAGUCUUCACGUCAGCGCCGCUGACCGGCCGGGACUAACGCGCCCAUGGUUCUCCAAUCCUGAUCCACGAGGCUGGAAGUGAAAUAGGGGGAAUCUGCAGGGUCUGAGCUGGGGAAAUGGAUAAAGUCUCGAACUUCUGUACAAUGCAGCCUCUUGGCGGGUGACUGAUCGCAUUCAAAUCUCCGAGUCCCUGGCUGCAUUUAGCUCCCUUUGAGCUGAGGAGAGGGAGGGGCUCAAAAUAAAACCUCUCUUCUUCUCGUCUCCCUA